GCCUCUCUGCCAUCAGAGGGCGGGUUUGUGUCGUUGUGUGCGCAGCGUGCGGCUGCUGCUGCGGCUUCUAGUGAGAGAAGUGGCAGGUACCCCAAAAUACCUCCCAGCAAAGAUCCAGUGGCUCGGAUGUGACUUUAACAGCUGACUAACCUACAAUAAACUCCGAUAUAUGUGAAUUUGGCGGCUCGUUUCGCCCUUUCACCAGCUGUUUUAAAUGAUAGCCGAGCUUGGAAACAAUAGGACAGACUUAAAAGUACGCAGAAUUGCCUCAAAGUAAAGAUGCCUGAGCGGGUUCUCUCGUCGCGGUGGGGCUUGAAUUGAGGAACACGUAUCCCGAAAGAAGUCGCUGAAGUUGAAGACGCGCUCUCCUGAUGACCGCUGGGAUGUUGUGAACGACGCGUCGUUUGGGACAGAAGGAGCCAAAAAAAAAAAAAAGAAGGAAAGAGAGGGAACCAUUCAGGGUUGGACCAGCACCCGGAGGGAUUAUGGCUCUCGUAACGUUUUCUCUCAGCCUCGUCACCCUGGUGCUUACAAACUUGCACCUUUCGAGAGCCAGCAGCCGUCAUGCGGUGUAUUGGAACAGCUCGAACCUGCAGCUUCGGAGAGAGGGAUACACCGUGCAAGUCAGCGUCAACGACUACCUGGACAUCUACUGCCCGCACUACAACACCAGCCAGCGUGGGACUCUGGAGCGCGUGGUGGCCGAGCAGUACAUCCUCUACAUGGUGAACUACCGGGGCUACUACACCUGCAACCCCCAGAUGGGUGUCAAACGCUGGGAGUGCAACCGGCCCCAUGCGCCGCACACGCCCAUCAAGUUCUCUGAGAAGUUCCAGCGGUACAGUGCCUUCUCGCUGGGCUACGAGUUCACCGUGGGCCAGGAGUACUACUACAUCUCCACACCCAUCCACCAUCACGGCCACAGCUGCCUGAGACUGAGGGUCUUCGUCUGCUGCUCCACUGCCUCUCAGGCAGAUGACGACUCCAGUCAAACUUCUCCCGACUACACAGUCAGGCCGAACAUCAAAAUACACAACAUUGAUGAAUUUAACCCUGAAGUUCCCAAGCUGGAGAAGAGCGUGAGCGGCAGCAGCCCGUCACGUGACCGCCUUCUCCUUACCGUGGCAACGAUGCUCAUGCUGGCCAUCCUGUUGUCCUAGCGACCGCCACGGGGAGCUUGUUGGACCGUCUUGUCCAAAGGGCUUUGUAUCCCUACAAGUUUUUUUGGUUUUUUUUGAAGAUGUGAUAGCUAAACGAAGCAAACAAAGAAAAGACAAAGAAAAAAGAAGCGAGGCCUUUUUGCUGUCAUAUUUACAUCUGUAUCACAUGAAAACUACAAUAUUUCAUGCAGGUGUGAUGACCACAUGGAGGUUACAACCAAUAUUAAGAAUCCAAUUUUUAUUGUGCUGCUCUCAAUGGAUGCAGAUGAGGAAUUUUUUUGUAGCAUGAUAGAGAACAGAAAAUUUGAAGCAUAACUCUCAUUGGAAGGAAGGUUUUUGUGUUGGCUUUGAAGAAGAUGACAACUUUAGACUCUAGAAUGGAUUUUUUUUAAAGCUUUGCUGCAUCAAACCAAACUUUGAUGUGGUAAAAAAAAAAAAAAAAGGCAAGAUGGACUUUAGAAACUGUAACAAGGCCUUUAUAUGAUUAGUGAGUAAUCAAAACCACUGUCAUUGUCCUGGACAUUGUAGAAUGUUUUCAUACUGGUGUGUGGUAGCUGCUGGUGAUAAAAGCCCAGGGAAAAGGGUGAGAAUUUAUAAGAAUAUCCAAGGGCCCUUCAAUAAUCCAUUUUCUCCAGACAUCAAAUAUUCUCUGGCUUUGUGAUGGGCACAGAUUCAAAGCCUGCUUUUCUUCGAAGGGUACCGAGUGCCCCUCAGUAUUUUGUCUGCAUUUUCUGCCUUCGCACUGUAACAACCCGAGGAAAAUACAGACCCUGGACUAGUAAUUUGACGGCACUUAGACACACUAGAUGUGGCAUAGACGUGCGUUUUGUUCUGCCGCAUUUACCUCCAGCAAUGGGCUUAGAAAAGUUCCAGAUGUCAAAUCUUAAAAAAAAAAAAAAGAAAAGAAGGAAAAAAUGGGGGGGAGUCUCCUUGCAGCAAUCAGCACCGUUGUUCAGAAACGCCUCUAAUUUGCAAUUGUUCAGAAACUGUCAGCAGCAACUUGCCCUCUUUUCACUCCCAGAUUACCUGUUUUUUUCCCCCCUCCACUUCAGGCGCUCGCAGCCAAUCAGGGCUGAUAGCCACUGCAGCAGUCCCAGUUACCACGGAGACGACCCCAUAUAGUCGCCAAAGUGCGGCAGGUGCCUGAGGAGAAAUUAUGCUUAGAAUCUCAAUCUGUAGGCAUGGAAGAAUAGACCCAGUAUGAGCAUCCGGAUCAUAUGCCGUAUUGUGAGAGCCAUUUUUAUGGAAACAACAAAGUUUUGCUCCAAAGUUUUUUAGGUAACGCUGUAUGAAACAUGGUGCUAGCAUCACAAAGCUCUUAAAGUAAAAGAAGAAAUAUUCUAGCAUAAAUUAUAUGAAGAUAGAUGGUAUUGUUAUCUCCAGAAUUAUUCAUAUCCCUGACAGAUGUACUGUAGUGCUAAUCAUUAUUACCAACUUGUUUCCUCUGAAUGGAAGUAAAACUAACAUAAUGAAGUGGCCCAGUCAGUUUUCUGACUUGUAUCUCAUAGAGAAUCUUUGGACGAAACUAAAGAUUAGUGUGUUGGAAAGAACGCCUUCGAACCUUCAUUAAGUUGGAAGUGCGCCUUUUAGUCAGGAAAAUAUGGCACUAACUUUCCAUUUCUUAUACCGUCUUAUCCUUAUAUGAUUGUUGGGCGGGGGGGUUGCUGCCAUCUCCAGUAGGAAUUGGGCAAGCGGCGGGGUACACCAGUCCAUCACUAAGGCAUGGCUGUAGUGCCGUAAUUAAGACUAUUACACACCCAGUUGUGUCUACAGUCACAGGACGCUAUCUCUAUCCCAAAGCCAGCUACUGAUCUGAUUCUUGGUAGGUUGGCAUGGUAACUGGGCGGCUAGUGCCAGUAGAGAAGGAGACUUAUCACUUAAGUUAACUUUGAAGAGGCUUGUGGCUAGCAUACCUGAUGGUCACCUGUGUCUCAUACUUUUUUUCUUUAAAGAAAACUUUAUCUAGAAAAAUAGUUGGUCCCUUGGUUUCUGAUGCUUGCCCAUCAUAAAUCAGAUCAGUAUCUGGCUUUGGAAUGGAUAUGGUCACCUGUGAUGAGGGAGUAACCACCACUGGGUGGGAAAUGGUCUUAAUGUUGGCACUAAAACCGCACCAUACAUCACAGAGCAAUGUAAGCUGUGCAAAACCUUGUCAGUAUUCCACUAAUAAAAAAACAACAAAAAAAACACACAUAAUUUUGCAAGUUUGAUCUCUAUCAUAAACAAAAGAACAUGCAAAAUCCAUGCAGAAAGACCAGGAUUUGAACCUGGGACCUUUUUGCUUUAAGGCAACAGUUAAAUCAACUUUGCCACCAUGCAGCCUACUACUACUGCUCCUGCUACAACUAUAAACCAUUGUUAAAAUUGUUAACCUUCUUUUUUCCGAUGGUAUUUUGACAAAUGGGUUAUGAGCUCCAAGUCUUUACGUUUGGAAAGCCUCCUUCCCAUAACUAAUCCUUAGCUUCCUAGACUGACUCUCUAUCAGAUUCCACUUCAUUAACAUUAUUUCUAGAAAAUAAAAAUGCAAAAAUGAUUUAAUUGUAAACUUUAGUGUUUCAUUCAGAACUCAAGCUUUUGUUGCUUUCCAAGGAGAACUCCCAAUAUGGCGGAUGUGGUAAUGGAUCAUCUCUGUGGGGCAUCGAGGCCAAUGCAGCGUCUAUUCUUCAGUGUCUGGAGCUAAUUGUGGCACCAUCUUGAUAAAAAAAUAUCAAAAAAUAAAUAAAAUGCGUGAAUGUGAAACUUAUGAGAAGUUCUUUUAUACUGCGUAGGCAAACCUUAAAUCGAGUUACAAUGUUGUGCGUUUUUAUUUAUUUACUUUUAAAAUGCUCUUAUUUUGACAUUAAAGUGUAUUUAUCUACAUAAUUUAUUAAUGUACAUUCUUAGGCCUUUGCCUAAGAAUGCACGAUAAGCUAUUGUACCAUUUUUUAGCAUUUUUCUCAAAACUAUUGGAUUUGUACUGCAGUAUUUUGCUUGUUUAGACAAAUAGAUGUAUUUCAGCCGGUCACAGACAGUUAUUAGUUAAUGAUUCAGUGCAAGCAUACACUCGAUUAGCUGAGUCUUGUGUAAAAAGAUGCAGCUGAUAAUAUUGCUGAGAAGCAUGUCAUAAACCAACUGGGAAUGCACAGACAGAACUGGUGUCGUUUGAGCCUGCACUGUAAUGUAAAUUUAUAAAUACAUGCAGGGUUCCAGAAUGUGUAUGAAUGUUUUAGCGGGUGUGUGUGUUUUUUUGUUUUUUUUUUGUAUGUCUGCGUGCGUGGUAGGGAAAGAGAGGAUGUAUGUAGGUGGAACAUGUUUGUCCGCGCUUUUAAAGUACGUGGCAUUUAGAAAAUUUCGUACCCGUUAGCGGAGUCAUUUGUAGGAUCUGAAUAUGCAAGCGUGUAUGAGGGAGAAUGCGCUUUUCAGUCCUGUUAGUUUAUGUUUAAAGGGCGGGAGGGAGGGAAUUGGCUCGAGAUGCCGGCAAAAGCAUUUACUUUUACUGAAGACAACCACAAGAUGUGUUUAUGUUUGACAAGAAUGAAUAAACUGUAAAUUAAACCAAGAAUGAUCAAAAUGAUGCCAAUUAAAAUCUUUUUGCAAACUUG